GCUUGGCCGCUGCCCGGCCGCUGAGCCGGAGCAGUGACCCAGAAGCAGGGCAAGACCCAGCCGAUUGCAGUUUCCCGGGCGAAGCCCGCACCGGGAUUCUCAGGAUGCUGAACGUUCCUUCCCCGGCUUUCCCCGCCCCCGGCUCGCAGCAGCGUGCUGCCUCUGGGGGGCGCAAUAAGGUACCUUUAAAGCAAGGUAGAAGUCUUAUGGAUUGGAUUCGACUGACCAAAAGUGGAAAGGAUCUCACAGGAUUGAAAGGAAGAUUAAUAGAAGUAACUGAAGAGGAACUUAAAAAACACAACAAAAAAGAUGAUUGUUGGGUAUGCAUAAGAGGACUUGUUUAUAAUGUUAGUCCAUAUAUGGAAUAUCACCCAGGUGGAGAGGAUGAACUGAUGAGAGCAGCAGGCUCAGAUGGCACAGACCUUUUUGAUCAGGUACAUCGUUGGGUCAAUUAUGAAUCUAUGCUGAAGGAAUGUCUUGUUGGCAGAAUGGCUGUCAAGCCUGUUGUUAUUGCUAAAGAGAAUCAUGAGAAGAAACUUUUAAAUGGCAUACUUUUUAAAAGCCAAGUACCAGAUUUACCUGCCAAAGAAAUUUCUCCAAGCUAUGAUUGGUUCCAAACAGAAUCCUUAGUCACCAUUGUCAUAUAUACCAAACAGAAGGAUAUGGAUUCAGAGUCUGUAAUAGUUGACUGUCAAGAUGGUUGCUUUAGAGCAGAAAUUGUUAUCAAGGAUUAUUCUUAUCUUCUGCAUACUGAGUUGAGCCAUGAAAUUCAAGAGGACAUUACUGUGCGUGUUGCAGAAAAAACGGGUAAAGUAGAAAUUGUUCUGAAGAAAAAAGAUAAUGUUUCUUGGAAGUAUCUUGGACAUCCUCUGGAGAAUCAUAAUUCAUUUACUACACACAGAGAAACAGGGCUGUACUAUAGAAAGUGCCAGCUGAUCUCCAAAGUGGAUGUUACUCAUGAUACCAAACUUUACUGCUUAAUGCUGCCACCAGGUACUCAUCUUCAGGUGCCUAUUGGGCACCAUGUUUACCUCAAGCAAACUGUUACAGGUACAGAAAUAGUGAAACCGUAUACACCUAUAUUAGAGACCUUACAUUCAAAUUUAAAGGAAUCACUUCAUCCUAAUAACAAAUAUAUCUAUAUUAUGGUUAAAAUCUAUCACACUGGACUUUUCACGCCACAUUUUGAUUGUCUUCAAAUUGGAGAUUGUGUUUCUUUGAGUAAUCCUGAGGGCACCUUUAAAAAAUCUCAGCUCCAAGAUUUAGAAGAACUCUUCUUAGUGGCAGCUGGAACAGGCUUCACACCAAUGAUUAAAAUAUUGAAUUAUGCUUUGACAAAUAUAACCAAUCUCAGGAAAGUGAAGCUGAUGUUCUUCAAUAAGACAGAAAGAGAUAUCCUUUGGAGGAACCAAUUGGAGCAGCUAGCAGACGAGGAGAGAAGAUUUGAAGUUGAAUUUAUUCUCUCAGAGCCCACCUGUGAAUGGACAGGCAAACAGGGAAGAAUUUCAUUACCUCUUCUUUCGGAAUUUGUAAAAAGAAGCUUGGAAGACUCUAGAGUCCUUAUCUGCAUUUGUGGGCCAGCAUCAUUCACUGAACAAGGAACAAGGUUAUUGAAGGAUCUUAACUUUUCUCAAGAAGAGGUCUAUAGUUUUACUGCAUAUUGAAGAACUCCUGCAGGAUCUUGCCAAAUUUAUGUAGCUGUUUCUGAGUGCUUGGAUUUUUUUUUUUUUUAAAGAAAACCUUUUUUUAUACACAUGAUAAGAUGGUGACUACAAGGCCAGUCUUAGGGCUUCUUCAGUGAUAUGCAAUCAUUUUUGCAGUAACAUCAUUGGUCAGGCUUUAUCUUGGCAUCUCAACUGAUUUUACUAGUAUUGUUGGCUUUUCAUCUGGAUAAAGUUCAUCAUGGAGACAGUAUUUAUGGCUCUAGAUGAAAAAUGUUACAGAAUCACUUUUAAACGAUUCACUGUUCUACUGUAAGCCCCUCUUAUAAGUAUUUUAUGAUUCAUGAUGUGAUAAAUGGUCACUUUGAUCACAUUUCUAUGCUGUAAAAUGUCUUCUUAGCAAUACAGUCUAAAUUUUACAUUGCACUGUUAACUCAGGAAAUGAUCACUUAGGUUCUUGUUAUUAGUUUUAAACCAUGGAAUGUCAUGACUUAUUAAAUGAUACAAACAAGAUUUUUUUAAUGUAUGUGACAUUGAUACAAAGUAGAAUAAAAUUAUAUGUAGAUAUUUUUAAAAUUCUUGUUGGAAAUGUGAUGAAUGUAGCAAGGCUGGACCACCAGCUCUAAAAUCCAAUGUCCCUCUCUGUAUAACUUUAGAUCUAGAAGGAAAUAGAAAUCAUCAGAUCCAAACUUUAUUUUAUAGAUGAGGAAACACAGAUCCAGAGAAAGUAAAAGUAAAUAAUUUUCCCAAGGUCAUAAAGCUAGUUAGUAUACGGUGGCUGGGACUUAGAAAACAGGUGUCACAAACUCCAGAUGAAUGCUGUAGCAUUAAGAAGAAUUCAGGGAGAGAAAGAACUAUUUUGAAUUUUGGGUAAACCUUUGUGAAAAUGCUUGGUUGUAUGAUAGGAAAAAUAACUCAAGAUAAAUGAUAGUAUAAGAAAAGGUGUCACUUUAACCAAAAUCAAAUGAAAAACUCUAUUAAAUCAGCACAGAGAAUAUAAGGGAUCAGCCAGGAAAAAAAAGGAAAACAUUUGAAAGGUUGUUCAUUGGGAGAAUAGACAAGACUGAAAGGAGAUGGAGGGAGAGAAAAAGAAAUGUGGAUUAGAAGUGAGUUAAAUUCUAAUACUUUAUUUUGAGACUGUUUGGCUGUCUGGUUUUAUAAACAACAUUGUGUAACUACUUUGUUCUUUGCUAGUCAUUCUUCUCUCUACCUCAUAGUGGGGAAAUUCCUGAGUGGGUAUGUUGAUAGUUUAUUCUUCCUCUUAACCAGAUCUUUAUCUGCUUCCAUGGGAGGCAUGUAGAAAAGUGCUGGCAAGGUAGCUAAAAUGAAGUUCACAUGGAUGCAUGGUUUUAUUUAAUGCUGAGUAAAGAGGUCAAAUAGCCAAAGUGAUUUGGAAUUUUUUCAGGUUAACUUGUUAUAAUAGCAUCAUGCUGGAUAUUGUUUUCAUAUAUCUAAGAUAAAAUAAAGUCCAAAUUUAUUUUACAAAAUUUUGUAACCAGAUAAGUGAUCCUGUGGCCUAGGAUUAUACCUUAUCCUCCAAAUCCUCAUUGAUAUACCCUAAAUUGAGGAGGAAUGGAAAUGAAUGAAAUCCUGAAUUUUAUUACUGUAUCUCCCUCUAAACUAACUGUAUGAUGUGUGACUCAAACUUCCUCAAACAUUGUUUUUCCUCAUCUAUAAAAUCAGUUUAUUUUAAGGCCUCUUCUAGCUCUAAACUUUUAAGUUCAAAUCUUCUAAAGCCCUUAGAAGUAUUUUGCAGUUCAGAAUGUGCAGAAAGCUUUUCCUCUACCUCUUUGUGCCGCUCUAACUAAAGUGAUUUCCCCUAUUUAAGCACUUAAAUUAACACCAGCAGUAAAAUAAAGAGUUUCUUUUUUUUUUGUAUUUUCUCUGUAUUAGGACUGGAAUAAUAGAACGUUUUUCCAGUUUUCAUCCCACAUGUUUUUUUUUUUACUUGUAUAUUGGAUUAUGUGGGCUAGCUUUGGAACCUAAUCACUUCAUUUGUGACUUUUGUGCAACUUGUAACAUUGACAUCCCAUCCAAUAUAUCUUUUGACUUCCAUGAUACGAAUCUCUCUUUGUUCUCCUCCUAUCUGCCUCUUCUUAGACUCCUUUGAGGCUUUUCUUCCCAGGCCCUAAGUAUGGGUGUCCCUGAUGGCUUUAUCCUUCUAACUUUUCUCUUUUUAUUCCCUCCUUUGCUUGUCUCAUAUACUACUAUAGCUCCAGUCACAGAUGACUCAUAAGUCCCAAUCCCUCCCUUGCUGGACAUCAUCUGGCUUUCUCACAGAUAGUGUAAAAUUUCCAUGAAUUGGGAAGCAGACAGGUCAGUGGAUUGUUCAGUGGGCCUGGAAUCAGGAGAUCUGAGUUCAUAUCCAGCCUUCAGAAAUUUUUGUAGCUAAGGGGACAUUGGCAAAUCCCUUUGUUUGCCUCAUUUUCCUUAAUAGUUAAAUGGGGAUAAUAAUAAUACCUGUCCACCUACCUCCCAACGUUAUUACUCCCUCCUCCAUCCUAAACCCAGCUACAUCUAACAUCAAUAUUUCUGUUGAUGGUACCAUCCUCUCAGUCACCAAAUCUGAGAGCCUUCUUUCAUUCACCUUUUCUGUCAUCUCCCAUAUUGUCAGUUAUUAAAUCCUAUUAAUUGCACCAUAUUAAUAGCUGUUUUCUAGGUUUCUUAUCAGCCUCACACUGCCACUGCUUUAGCUCAGGUUUUCAUCAUUUUUUGUAUACUGUUAAGAGCUCUAAGUGGGUGGGUGCCCAAAUAUCUUUAAUAUAUAGUUCUCUGAGUAUGUCACAUCACAAACAUGAUAAGGAUGUAGAUUUCAUUGAUGGAGGGAGUUUUUCCACAGCCUAUUUAUAACUUAGUUUUAAGGAGCUCAAAGAGAUUGAGUUGCCCUUGGCUAGUCAGUGCUCGAGGCAAGAUUUGAACCAGAAGAUCUUGGUGCCUCUAAGUCCUAGCUUCCCUUCUAUGCCAUAUCUCAGUCAUGUCAUUCCCCUUCUCAGAAACCUUAAGUGUCUCCCUCUUUCCUUCUCAGUAAAGUACAAAUUCUCAAGCCUGGCUUUUAAGGGCCUUGUACUAUCUUCAGAGUGCUUUUCUAGCCUUCACUUUUUUUCCUCUUAUAUAAUCUCUCUUCCAGGUAAACUAGAUAUUCCAUGAUAUAAUCCUAGAUACUCCUUGACUUUUAAAUGCACAUUCUCUCAUCCCUGCAUUCAUACUGAUUAUGCCUCAUUCCUAAGACACAUUACCUCUUCAAUUCUGACUCUUGAAAUUAUGCUUUUCCAGGUAUGGUCCCAGGUGCCAGCUCUUCCAUGAAACCAUGAAACAAAACUUUCCAGUUAGAAGGAAUUUCUCCCUUCUCAGAUUUUUUUCAUAAAGUUUUCUUCUUCCCCUUUCCCUCAUCAUUUUCUGACUGUUUAUACACUUAUUUAUAUACAGAUCACAUUCCCUCAUUAGAUUGUAAACCCCUUGAGGGCAGGACAGUUUUAAAAAUUUUCUGUAGCACAGUGCCUAGUAUAUAGUAGGUGCUUAAUAAAUGUUGGUUAAUAUAAAUUUGAAUUUCAGCAUUAUUUCCACACAUAUACACAUACCCCUAUCCCCUGCACAAACUUUGACACACUUUGUGGAACUUUACAACAUUUGAAAAAGUAAAAAGAAAUAAUAUUUCCACAGUGUAAUGGAAAUGUUUUAUAUGAAAACAAAUAACUCUUGAAGUUCCUUAUGUUUACUGAAAUAUAUUUCUUUGGUAAUUUUCGUCAGAUUUAGUCAGAAAGGAAAAUGCCUAAUUUUGAGGAGGAUUUGUUUCCAUAAACUAAAAUAUUGCAGUGGUCACAGAUGAGAUCACCAAGAAUAAUAGAGCUAAAGAAACAACACAGAAUAUUGUGUGCAUAGAGCUGGCCUUUAAUUCUGGAAGAGUUGGAUUUAUGGAAGAAGUUUUUAACCUGGGGAACACAUACUCCAAAGGGAUCCAUUUAUAGACUUAAAGGGAUUCAUAAAUUUGGAUAAGAAACAAAAAUUUUUUUUAAACUUACAAUGGAAACUUCAUUGGUUUCUUUUGUAAUCCUAUGUAUUUUAUGCAUGGAAAAUCAUUUUGAGAAUGGGUUUUUAGUUUUCACCCAACUGCCAAAAGAAUUCAUGACCAAAAAAAGUUAAGAAUUUUUUGUUUAAGAGGUUCUUAAUUUUAACUUAUUUAAUAAGGUUCUUGUAUUUAAUGAUUCAGGCUGUGUAGUCAUGGACAAGUCAUUUAUCUUUGAGUGCUCCAGCAUCUUUAGGAAUCUGAUUUUUUAAGUUACCAGUGGAGGGAGAUUCUGCUCAGGAAUUCCCUCCACUAAUGAAGUCCGAAAUCUGGGAACAAAAAAAGUGGUGGAGAUGGUUAUUGAAAGGUCAGUGUGUAUUGUAUGGAUGCUUCCGGAUCAUUCUGCGUUGGAGAAGGGCUGGAGAGAUACCACACAGUAAGGAGAUAUCCAACCUCUGCAACCUAUCAAGUACAAUUAUAAAAUGACAAACAUGUCCCUAUAGAGGGCCUAAAGAGCAAUUUAUUUGCCCAGCAAAGCCCUCCAGAGAAAUCGAGUAGUUCAAUUCUGCUUUGAAUCUUCAAAAUAUUUAUUUCACAUGAUAGUUCUAAAUAUGACAGCUUACCCAAAUGUCAUAUGGUUAUGUUCAAUAUCCUUGCUUUUCUUUAGAAAUCAAAGAAUUGUCCCUAUUAUUAAAUUGCUCCUUUGAAUUCUAAUCUUUAUACAUCUUUCUGGCAAUUGGAUGUGAAUUUCCCCAACUUACUGAAGCGAAUUUUACACAAUAGAACUAGUAAGGAGUCUUCCCUGCCUUCUUAAUCAAGUUGUUGAUCACAGUACUGUGAAAUACACAGUAUUUCCUGAUCCAUAUUGUUUUAAUAGACUGAUUGUAAAGCAGUCAUAGAGCAAGGAAAUGAACCCUUGGGAAGAUUCAUUUCCCUCUGGAGACCAAUGUUCAAAUCUCAAUUGGGUUGCCAAUGCAAAUGAGAGUUUUAAAAAUUUAUUCUUGGUGGUGGAUUUCUGCUCCCACUUUCUUCCUGUUCCUCCAUCGUUUACCUGUGCUUCAAUUAUUGUUUGAUUUCUUGGCGUUAGAAAACGUUAGAAGAGGCUGCCAGAUAACAGAAAUUAACUUAAAAUGGUUUACCAGUCACAGGUCUGCACUACAAAUUCAAUUUGAGUUUUUUUUUUUUUUUUAAGACUAUUGUUGACUCUACAUUGUUUUCUAAUAGACUUUUGCCAGUAUUGCUUUAAAGUGUUCUGUUUAUCUGUCUGAGCAAAUAAAACUCAGAUAGGCUGGGCUUAUUUUCUUUGGAUAUAUGUAAUUCUUUAAACCCUUGGCUGUACUUUCCAGUUGACAAAUGAAAAUAUUCUGCCAGCAAACUUUUAUGAGAGAGAAGAGAGACUGAAGAUUGGGGAUGGGAAAGGGGAAGGGAGAGAGAAACAAACAGGUACAGAGAAUGAGGUAGUGUUUUUAUUACAAAAUGCCAGGGUAAUUCAAAAAGAAAUUUUAUGAAGUAUUUUAACCACCUGAUCUUAAAAAUGAUUUGUACAGAUAAAAUAAAUUUGUAAAUAAAAAUUAUAUAAUUCACAUAAAUACCAUAAACAUGUAAAUUAAAAUUACAUGAUGUAGUAUUUUUCAUUUUGUAGCUUUUCAAACAAAACAAAGGGCUAAACAUUUUUCUUUAAAAAUUUUUUUCUUGUAACAUUUUUUUAAAAAAUGAGUUCUAAAUUCUUUCUUUUCUUCCUGUUCCUCACUCACCUACUGAGAAGGCAAGUAAUAUGAUAUCCAGGAGACUUGAAAGCAUGCAAAAUGUAUUUCCAAUUUAGCCAUGCCACACAAAAAAUAAAUAAAAAGCAAUAAGCAAAGUGAGGGGGGGAAAAAGUAUGUUUCAAUCUGAACUUUGAAUUCAUUAGUUUUCUCUCUGGAGGUUGAUAGCAUUUUUCAUCAAGGGUCCUUUGGAAUUAUCUUGGAUCAUUUUAUUGAUCAGAGUAAUUAAGUCUUUCACAGUUGAUCAUUACAGUACUGCUAGUAUCAAGUACAAUGUUCUGGUUGUUCUUAUUUCACUUUGCAUCGCUUCAUAGAAGUCUUUCAGAGUUUUCAUCCUGCUCAUUAUUUCUAAUGGCACAAUAGUGGUUUGUCCCAAUCAUAUAUCACAUCAUGUUCAGCCAUUUUCUUACUAAUAAGCAUUCCUUCAAUUUCCAAUUUUUUGCUACCACAAAAAACUGCACACAGUUUUAUAGCUCUUUGGUCAUAGUUCCAAAUUGUUCUUCAGAAUGGUUCACAACUCAACCAUCAGUUUGUACCUAUUUUCCCACAUCCCCUCCAGCAUUUGUCAUCUUGCUUUUCUGUCGUGUGAGCCAAUAUGAUGGUGUGAGGUUAUAUUGUACUUCAAAAUUGCUUUCUAAAUAUAUAUUUCAUUUAGCAUAUAAUUAUUACAAAUUAUUACAAAUAUUUAAGCAACUACUUUUUUAUAUAAACAAAUUUAUUGUCUCAAACCUUUUGCUGUUAGUCAAGGAAGAGAAAGUCAGAUGCCCUGUUUUUAUAUGUGCUGCUCUCCUCAUCAGUUUCAGCAAGGUUAGCCUUUUUUUUUUUUAAUGAAAACAUUUCCCCUAUUUAAAAGUCUUAUCAAAGUCAAAUUGCCUUAGAGAGUGCCAAUGUUAGGAGGGCAGCCAUUUGAAAAGGAAACCUGCUGCCCACCUCUCCCCACCUCCAAGUCUCUUCAAUACCACUCUGCAGGGUUGUCAUGCAGGCCUAAUCAAAGAGCACACCAUUAAUAAGAUAAAUGUGCUCUAAGUGAUGCACAGUGCAAGGUAACACCCCUGGUAUGGUGGAAUAAACUCCAAUCAUUCAUACUAUCCAGCAGAGAAAAAUGGCAUGAUGAAUAGCAUCUAAUGCAUGUGAGAAUAGAAAUGGCAGGUUAUAGGUGAAGAGGAAAAUAAAAAAGGUAAUUGCCGAGAUAAUUUUCCUGUCUGUGACUUGUAAAUUUGAACUAUACUAUGCAACUUAUCUUAAAUGGAAAACCAAAAAUAUUUUUUUUAUAUAGAAUAUUUUUGAAAGUAGUUCUUAAAAGUUAUUUUUAGCAUCAUGUUCAGUCAUUCAAAUAACUUCUCUUUGCUGGUGACUUUUUUCCUCCUUUCCUGUCUCUUCCAUCACAUUAUUGAAAAAGAUUGUUAGCUUUUACCAUCAGGGAGUACUAUUGCAUUUGCUAUCUGUGAUCCAAAUAAUAUUUGUGAAGGAGUUAAUUUUCUGAAAAUGUUUAAGAAAAAAGCACCAUUUCCAAAAAGUGAUGGACUUAAGGUAUAAAUAAUAAUGGGGGGAAAAAUUGAUCUACUCUGAAUAUUUUUAGAAAAAAAAAUAGAAAACCCACCCCCCCAUAGUGGUAACCCCAUUUUGAAAGGUUACUUAAGUUGAUGUUUUGGGCAGAAAUCCUUUUUUUAAGGCCUAAAGGAAGAAUCCCAGCAUCUUGAAUAGAUGCUUUGUGGAAGAACAUGGACAAAAACCACAAAGAAUAGUUUGCAGUCUGCAUCAGUUGAGGGAAUAUCUACACUCAUAUUCUAGAUCCAUUGAAGUAAAUUCAACAUUUAUAUGAACAAUAACAAAUUCUAUAAUCCCUUAAAUCCAUUUACGAAUUUUUAAAGUACUAUUGAUAUUGCUUGUUUAUGUUAUAGUAAUUUCAAGAUGGCACAGUGGAUAGAAUAUUGGGCUGGGAGUCAAGAAGAUCUUAAUUCAGAUUUGACCUCAGAUACUUACUAGUGUCUGAUCUUUUUUUUUGCCUCAAUUUCCUCAUGUAAAAUGGGAAUAAUAAUAGCACCUACCUUCCAGGGAUGUUGUGAAGAUGAAAUGUGAUAAUUAUAAACCUCCUAGCUCAAUGCUACUUAGUGCUAUAUAAGUACAGUUAUUAUUAAUAGAUACCUUCCUCUCUUCAUCCAUCUAUUCAGUGAGUGUUCUAAGGGUAACAAAAAUAGUUAAAUAAAACCAACUUACCAUCAGGUCAAUUUAGCUAUGUAGUGUACAUAUAUCCUUAUAGUGCACUGGAGUUCCAACCUCCCCUAACUCUAGGCAUUCUAUAGGCAUCAAACAGAUUCAGAAGGGAACAUGUCAGAUGUUCCACAUUUACAAAAGGACGUUAAUUCUCCUAUGCCUGUUUUCUAAAACCUGGAUCCCUCUUUAAUCAUCAGUACAGAAUAUUAGCAGUCAUCAUAGACUUCCAACACAAAUUGCCAGUAUUUGCCGCCUCUCAGAAGGUUCCAUUGAAAGAUCUGAUAUUAGAUAUGACCUUUUACAAUCUCAGAAUAUUGAGAGGCAUGUUGCAAGUUUGGGAGGGGUAACAAUUCAUAUCAAAAGAUGAAUUGGCAGUUUUCAAAUGAAAUUAGAACCAUCUAUAGUCAUAUGAAAAAAUGCUCUAAAUCACUAUUAAUUAGAGAAAUGCAAAUAAAAAUAAUUCUGAAGUACUACCUCACAUCCAUCAGAUUAGCUAAUAUGAUAGAAAAGGAAAAUAAUAAAUGUUGGAGAAGAUGUGGGGAACACUAAAGCAUUGGUAGAGUUGUGAACUGAUACCACCAUUCUGGAAAUAAAUUUGAAACUCUGCCCAAAGGGCUAUAAAACUGUGUAUAUACUUUUACCAGGAAUGCCUUACUAGGUCUGUAUCCCAAAGAGAUCAUUAAAAUAGAACAGGAUCCACAUGUACAAAAACGUUUAUAGUAAUUAUUUUUGUGGUGGCAAAGAAUUGAACAUCGAGAUGCUUGCUAUCCAUUAGUUGGGGAAUGGGUGAACCAAUUGUGGUGUAUGAAUGUAAUGGAAUCCUAUUGUUCUAUAAGAAAUAAUGAGCAAGUUGAUUUCAGAAAAACUGGGCUUACAUAAGCUCAUGAACUGAUGCUGAGUAAAGUCAGCAGGACCAGGAGAACAUUGUACACAGAAACAACAACAUCGUGUAGGUGAUCGACUAUGAUGGACUAAUGAGCUAAGAUAAUUCUAAAAGAUUUAUAAUGGAAAAUGCUAUUUACAUCCACAGAAAAAGAACUAUGAAAUCUGAUUGCAGAUUGACACAUACUCUUCACUUUGGGUGUUUUUCUUUUUCUUGAUUUUUUCUUUUUAUUCUGACUCUUCUUUCACAACAUGACUAAUGUGGAAAUAUGCUUAAUAUGAUUGUAUAUGUAUCAGAUUGAUUGUCAUCUUGGGAAGGGUUAAGGGGAAGAAGAAAAAUGGAAAUCAAAAUCUUAUAAAAGUAAAUGUCAAAAAUUAAUAAAUUUUUUAAAAGA